AUGGCGCACUGCGGCGUGUUUACGAGGCCGGCGCGGCGCGGCGCGGCGCGGCGCGGCGCGGCGGUGUUUUCCCUGCGGCACGCACAAUGCGCGGCGCCUGAAAUACUGGGGGCGGACGCGUCGGCCCAGCUAUUAGCGCUGCGUGGCGCGGCGCGGAAUAGCGCGGGCAAGGCGAGCUGCGGCGACUUCGGCGGCAAGGCGGCCGUCACCUCUUCCGGCGGCGGCUCCCCGGAGGCGGAGGACUGCGGCCGCGCCAGGGCCGCCGCCCCCAAGGACGCGGCGGAGGCGGCGGGGGCGGCGCCCGUGCACCCCAAGCUGGCGGCGGCGGGCGCCGCGCUCGAGAUGAAGCCGCUGUGGGACGAGUUCCACGAGCUGGGCACCGAGAUGAUCGUCACCAAGGCGGGCAGGCGGAUGUUCCCGACGUUCCAGGUGCGGCUGUUCGGGCUGGACCCCUCCGCCGACUACAUGCUCAUGAUGGACUUCGUGCCGGUCGACGACAAACGCUACCGAUACGCCUUCCACAGCUCCAGCUGGGUGGUGGCGGGCAAGGCGGACCCUGUGUCGCCCCCCAGGAUCCACGUCCACCCGGACAGCCCCGCGUCCGGCGCGCAGUGGAUGAAGCAGGUGGUCAGCUUCGACAAGCUCAAGCUCACCAACAACCAGCUGGACGACAACGGGCACAUCAUCCUGAACUCGAUGCACCGCUACCAGCCUCGCUUCCACGUGCUGUACCUGCCGGCCAAGGGCGAGCCGCCCAGCCACGGCCGCACAGAGGACUUCAAGACCUUCAUCUUCCCGGAGACCAGCUUCACCGCCGUCACCGCCUACCAGAACCACCGGAUAACGCAGCUAAAGAUCGCCAGCAACCCGUUCGCGAAAGGAUUCCGGGACUGCGAUCCGGACGACUGCGGCGUGGAGGUGCUGAACCAGCUGCAGCUGGGGGCGGCGCAGCAGCGGCUGGCGGCGAGGGCGGCGCCGCCCACGGCAGCACAGGGCCACUUCUCGCUCAAGGAGGGCGGCAGGCACGGUGAGUCCGCAGUGGCGAGCUGGCAGAGGGCGGCAGGGCUAUGCAGGUAG